UUCAAGAAAAUACUGACUCCGAUGAUGAUAGGUCGAUCGCCUCUUUAAAAAAAAACACGAAAAAACCUAAAAAAGAAGUAAAUAUUACUGAUAAAAAGCCCAAUGAAAAAAAGGAAACCGAACUACAAAGAAAAAGAAGGGAAGAGAGAGAGAGAGAAGAGGCAGAACGUUGCAAGUGGUGGGAACUGCAAGUAGUGGACGGUUUACAAGAGGGCCAGCGAUGGAAGACACUCUGGCACAACGCUCCUAUGCUUGCCCCCGAAUACAAACCUUUUCCUUCCCACGUGAAACUUAUAUACGAUGGGUCCAAAGUGGAUCUGACCCCCGAGACGGAGGAAGUGGCCUCCUUUUAUGCGACGAUGAUUACCACGGACUACUCCGCCAACCCCGUUUUUGUUAAAAACUUUUUCAACGACUGGCGAACUUUUAUGACUCACGAAGAAAAAAAAUUAAUCAAGUCCUUUAAGAAAUGUGAUUUUUCUUUGAUGGUAAAAUAUUUUGAAGAGCAAAGAGAACUUAAGAAGAAUUUGACUAAAGAAGAAAAGGAAGCCUCAAAGAAACUCAAAGAAAGGGAAAUUGAACUUCAUGGCUACGCCAUUGUGGAUGGCUAUAAAGAACGUAUAGGAAACUUCAAAAUUGAGCCUCCGGGAUUAUUCCGAGGGAGAGGAGACCAUCCCAAAAUGGGGCUCGUCAAAAGGCGCGUGCUUGCUAAGGACAUCACAAUAAAUAUUGGACCUGGCGAGACCCCGCCCCAACCGCCACCGGGCCAACAGUGGAAGCAAGUUAUUCACAAUGACAAGGUCACGUGGUUGGCUCAGUGGACUGAAAAUAUCCAACAAAAUGUGAAGUAUGUGAUGUUGAACGCCAAUAGCAGAAUGAAAGGGGAAAAUGACUUGAAAAAAUAUGAUAAAGCACGUGAAUUGAAAGGGUACAUCGAUACUAUUCGUAAAAGUUAUGAAAUAGAUUUGAAAGACAAAAAGAUGGAGGUCCGCCAGAGAGCUACUGCCCUCUACUUUAUUGAUCGUCUGGCCCUUAGAGUAGGAAACGAAAAGAACGUUGAAGAGGAAGCAGAUACGGUUGGCUGCUGCUCGCUUAGACUUGAGCAUAUUGAUCUAAUCGAUCCGAACCAAAUUAAGUUCGAUUUUCUCGGGAAAGACUCGAUUCGAUACGUCAACACUGUUUCGGUUCCGGAACAGAUUUAUAAAAACGUGAAGAUUUUUAUGAAGCAGAAAGAAAAAAGCGAUGCUUUAUUUGACAGACUUACUGUUCCGGCUCUCAAUAAACAUUUGCAAGAGUUAAUGCCUGGCCUUACCGCCAAAGUAUUUCGUACGUACAACGCCUCCUUUACUUUGCAAGAGGAGCUCGAUAAGAUAAACCUCAAAAACCCUUCACUUCAAGAAAAAGUUCUCGCCUACAACCGAGCAAACAGAGCCGUUGCAAUUUUAUGCAAUCACCAGCGAGCCGUACCGAAGGGUUUUGAAGUGCAGAUGGAAAAAAUAAGAAGCAAAAUAAAGGUGUGGAAAGCAGAAAGAAAAGAACUAGAAAAAGAGUUGGAAGAAGCAAAAACUUUAAAUAAAGAGAACGUCGUCACUAAAAUACAAAAGAAAAUCGGACUUAUUAAAGAACGCAUUCGGAAAAAAAAAAUAGAAAUGACUAAUAAAAAUGAAAAUAAAACUGUAGCGUUGGGGACUUCCAAAAUUAACUAUAUGGAUCCGAGAAUCACUUUUGCUUGGUGCAAAAAAAAUGAAGUUCAAGUCGAAAAAGUAUAUUCUAAAACUAAUCGUGAGAAGUUUUUAUGGGCCGCGUGCGUUGAUUCGAACUUUCGCUGGUAGUCA